AUGCCUGUCGCGCUUGAGGUUCCCGAUCAGUACAGCUACGUUCUCGCAGUUGCUACCACCACCUUCUUUCUAAACACUUUCCACAUGAUGCGCACUUCCAAAUUCAGAAAUCUCGCCAAAAUCGCCUUCCCAGCUUCCUAUGCCUCCGAGGAAGAAGCUGCCAAGAACCCAAACGCCUCCAAAUUCAACUGCGCCCAGCGUGCCCACGCCAAUUAUACCGAAAACCUGACUCCUUUCCUCGGCGCCCUUCUUGUUGCUGGUGUGCAACAUCCCAUCCCCGCCGCCACCAUCGGUAGUGUUUGGUCCUUGUCUCGUCUAAUUUACCUCCUCGGUUACACUAGCGACGCUGGUCCCAAGGGCCGUGUCCCCGGCUUUGCUGGCAGUUUCCUGAGUGACAUUGCCAUCAAGGGACUCGCUGCUUACACUUGUUACAAGCUCAUCUUUUAA